GAGCGCGUUUCGGCGUCUGAGCCCGUGAAUGACAGCAGCGCCGCCCGCCGGUCGCGGCCGCGGCCCCGCCGGUGUCCCGAGCCUCCAGUCAAAGCGCCCCUCAGCUAGGCGAGCGGCGUGCGUCCUCGCGUGUCCGUGGCCCGGCGGGCUCUCCCCGGCCCCUGCCCCGCUGUCCCUCCGCUGCCGGCGCCAUGGGCAGCGAGCAGAGCGCGGAGGCCGAGAGCCGCCCCGGCGAUCUGAACGCCUCAGUGACCCCAUCUCCGGCUAAACAUCGGGCCAAGAUGGAUGAUAUCGUGGUUGUAGCUCAGGGUUCUCAGGCCUCCAGGAAUGUCAGCAAUGAUCCUGAUGUCAUCAAGCUGCAAGAGAUCCCAACCUUCCAGCCCCUUUUAAAAGGGCUCUUGAGUGGACAGACGUCCCCAACAAAUGCCAAACUGGAGAAACUGGACUCUCAGCAGGUGUUGCAGCUCUGCCUACGGUACCAAGAUCACCUGCACCAGUGUGCAGAAGCAGUUGCUUUUGAUCAGAAUGCUCUAGUCAAGCGAAUCAAAGAGAUGGAUCUGUCCGUGGAAACCCUCUUUUGCUUCAUGCAGGAGCGCCAGAAAAGAUACGCCAAGUAUGCGGAGCAGAUCCAGAAGGUUAACGAGAUGUCGGCCAUACUGCGCCGCAUCCAGAUGGGCAUCGACCAGACGGUGCCACUGAUGGAGAGGCUGAACAGCAUGCUGCCCGAGACCGAGCGCCUGGAGCCCUUCAGCAUGCGGCCUGAGCGGGAGCGGCACUAGCAGGCACCUGCCCCCCUGGCCGCAGCUCCUCCAGCCUCGCUGGGCCCUAGUGUUUGCUUAGAUGUGGUUGACCGACACCCGACUUUCCCAGGUGGUUGUUCUUGAUUCCCGAAGUUGGGACAGCUGAAUUCCUAUGAGUUCUUUAAAGAACAUUGCCUCCAGAGUUAUUUUUAUUUUGCUCAGAUUUUUUAAUUAAAAGUGUAUAUAGACUAGCUCCUGCAAUGAAACUGGAGAAAACAUUAAGAAACUGUGUUCUCCUUGGCACCCGGGAGACUCUCGCUUCUCUGGGUUGUGGUCGUAAAUAUAAGAUCUAAGUCCAGUUUCUGUCCCCACGACAGCUGCCAUCACAUCAGGGAGCUGUCUGGCAACGUCCUCCUCCCCUCCCGAACACUGCCUGUUUUCAGGUACCCUGCCCCUCCUGUGGGCCGCUGGAAACUGAAGGCGCCCCUUACUCACUCGUGAACUGCUUUCCCAUACGGAGUUCAGCCUUCUGUGACCGUGGGCAGACCUCGGCCUCCAUAACAAGGUCUGCACCAACAUCUGAUCGUAUCCAGAGACCCGCUGAGCUCCGCUGAUGCUCCGGGGACAUGAAAAGGGCUACCUCGCCUCUGCCUUCCACUGCUUCUUCUGCUGUGGAUCAUGAAGCUGAGAAAAGAACUUCUGCCCAUCUCAGGAGUUCAAGGAAGAAAGGCCAAGGGAAGGAGGGGUGGAAUGAAUGCGGGACAGGCCUGAAGAGAAGAGCUGGGGUCUGAAGAGAUGGCGCUGGAGCCUACAGCCGCUACCUUGCUCCCUGUAUUCCUCCAGAACCCAGAGUAUCAGGAGCCAGAAGAGCCUUCAGUGUUUUUUAUAAGAUUAAAAUCAAUCUGCUUAAUUUAUUGUGUAACAGCUAAACUUGAUCUGAUUCUAA